CGUAUCGAGUCGAGCUUAGAGUCUGGGUCCGCGUCGGACCAAGAGGUUUCUGUGUACAAUAGCUCCUCUCCUGAGGCGCAUUCGAGGUCCGAAAGUCGAUCGGACCGAGAAGAAUCGCCACUUGUGGAAUUGGCUGAUCGACUUCGUUCUGAUGGUGCUUCCUCGCAGCGCGAGGCCUCGAAUCUUCAUGUGGUCGAAAUUGACGAAGAUUCUCGUGAAGGAGAUGCUGUUGAGCAAGCUGAAGACGAGGUCGAUGAGGAAGAUAACGAGGAGGAAGGCGAGCAAACCAAACCUCGAAAGAAGGGUUCCAGACGAAAGGGGAACAUCAAGAACCGAUUAGUGGACAUUCGAUCUCGAAUGACACCGGAGCGCCUCGAAGAAAUGCGGGCGCUUUACGGCUUUCGCUGCAAGCUCAGAUCGCCAGGUCCCGAUGACCGUCCAUGGCUAGCCCCGGUCGGCUGGGUCACGUUGUACGAGGCCUGGUUCAGCAUGUGUCACCUCUGGGUUCCGUUGCCGAGGCUGCUGAUGGAGUACGCAGACCGGCGAUGCAUCGCUCUCUCGCAGAUUCUUCCGGCAGGAAUACGAUAUAUGGUCGCAGCUCUCCUGUUUGGGAGUGAAGUCGGGGUUAACGUCGACUGGCGCGUCUUUCUUUUAUGCCAAGAUCGAAACGUUAACCUCGACGCUUAUCCGGAAGAUUACUUUGAGAACCUCCAAAAGCUCAGAUCCGUUGGCAUUCAGAGGUGGCCUGACAUUCAUCGUCGGAGAGUCGAGGCUGCCAUCAACCGCAUCACUAACGCUAGUUGGAGGAGGGAGAAUAAUUUGCGAGAAAGAGCGAUUGCAAUGGCUCCGAUUCAGGUUAACGCGCCCAGCCUCGCUGCACGUCUAAAGGCCAAAAAGAGCGGGAGUAAGGAUCGGGGUCCUUCUGCUUCUCGGCCUGCACGCUCGGAUCUAGUGCCGGCCCAAGAAGAGAUUGAGGUCGAUCCUCAACUCGUUGCCGAAGACGCGGUCGAAGCUCAGAGUGCUGAAGACCAAGUGGAAGCUCGGCAACCGGAUGAUGAAGCCGACGAAGCCACACAGUCGGAAGAAGCCGAGGCUGCUCGCCUCGCCGAGAAGAAGGAGGUCGCCGAGGCUAAGGCGAAAGAGAAAAAGAAGAAAACUUCCGGGGACGGCGAUGAUGGCGGUCAAAUUGGAGCGGAGGCUGCGAGUAAACGGCCUAGGGUCGAUCCACCUGGUAAUGACAAGGCCAAAGAGAUCGAUUGGAGCUUUUCGUUCGAGUACCGCGAGUCGAACGAACCGUUUGUCAACAAUGUUGACAAAUGUGUAGAGCUGUUCGGGAUGAUAAGGGGCUCCACUUCCGAGGUCCCCCCUGGAACCGAUGGGGCUUUCAAAGACAUGGCGAGCUUCGCCUUCAAGUUCAUCGCGAGCUGCAACCGUGCGCGGGGUCAGUACAUGCGCUGGCUCCGGAAUGGUGCCGCUCGGCUAAAGGAUGCCCAGGCUGCUGGCGAAAAGGCAGUGAAAGAGCGUGACGCCGCCAUCGAGGAGCGAAGGGUCGCCGAGGACAAUUGGCAGACCAUGAAAAGGAAGGCGGAGCAGCUCGAUGUAGGGGUUAAAGAGCUAACCGACAAGAUCGAGGCGAUGAAGCAAGAGAACCUCGAUUUAGUGAAUAACCUGCAGAUCGUCAAUGAGGCCAAGAUCCAGGUCGAGAAGUCGAUCGCCACUGAGGUCGUCCGGGCACAGCGACAAGCUGAUGAGAAAAUCGAGGCGGAGACGACCCGAAUUUGGGCGGAUGCCGAGGCGAAGUAUUCCGGUCGCAUCGAUCGGCUGAGGAUUUGGGUUGCUCAACAGGAGGCGAUCGAGAAGGUUAAGCUCGAUCUGGUUCAGGCUCGAGGUACAUUGGAAUGCCUUGAUCUCUUGAAAGAGCAAGAGAUGUCUGAGGCUGAGUUGAGAGCCGAGCUGGAAUCAUCAAAGCGCGAUUGCGAACAGAAGCUCGAGAACCUCAGCUUCACAGAUCUUGAAGAAGGCGACUUGCCUCCGCCUUACCCUGAAACUCCAGAUGGUGGUACGGAUCGAGAUGAUGCCGAAGACGAAGAGAACCACGAGGGCGGCAAUGAGCCUGAAGAAUAG